AUGGCGACUCAGGUUUUAAUUGCUGCUGACACGCCUAACACGCUUAACCUAACUGAAUUGCAACAUAAAAUUAUUCAAUCUAUUAACCAUUUUUCUAAAAUUCAACGACUUAGAGUUGAACAAAAUGAAUUUGUUCAAGCGAAACUUAAUAUAAUUUCUGAGCAGAGGAAUAAAUUUCUAGAUUUUGCCGAAAAAUCAAUAACUCAGUGUUUCAAAAUUAGUUCUCAUUCUAGAGACAUUAUUCUAUUUGCUGAAUUCUGUGAUGAUGAUGGUAUCAGUAAAGAGGAACUGUUGGAAUUUUUAUAUCCAGUUUUGAGUAAUGCUAGGUUAAGUAAGGUCAAUUCUGAAUUACUUAAAAAAUUACUCGUCGAAAUUAAACAAUGUUUAGAAAAAAUGUCUUCUGACAUUGUUAAAUAUGAUGAUGAAAUUACGAAACGUAGGGAAGAAUUACAUGAAAAGAUUGAAGAAGUUGAUGAAAUAGAAAAUGACGCAAAGUCAAAUGCUAAGUUUUAUAAAGGAAUUUCCACAGUUGGUGCUGCAGUUGCGUUGGCAGCUGCUCCAUUCACGGGUGGAGCAUCUUUGGCAGCAGAAGCUAUCGUUGGUUUUGGUGCAGCAGCAUAUUUUGGCGGUGAAGUCGUUUCCACGGGCCAUGAUCGUAUUGCUAAAGUAUAUUCAGUUCACAGUGACUUUCUAAAAUACUUAUCGAAGGAAGUUAGAGAAGAGCUAUCACAAUGUCUAUCUGAAAUGAGUAAAUGUCUUAUAGAGAUCAAUAAGAUCAUAACUUAUUGUGAAAGUUAUUGGGAAAGAGAAAUUGAAUCUAUUGAGACAAUUAUUACAAAUUUAAACCGUUGUAUUACAUAUGGAAGAAGAAUGAUCAAAGGUUUUGCUGUUUCAAUUUCAUCAAUGACAAGACAGAUUCAAAAUGAAGCAAAUAAUUACUGUGUUGUCAUGCGGGAGGCCGUGAACGUAAAUCGGAUUUCCGGCUAG